ACGGUAGCUGCUCGUGUUUCUUGUCUAAGUUCUCUGUCACUAGCCAGGACAAAUAAAGAGAAGAGAAGAGAAGAACAAAAAAAGAAAGAUGAACAACGUGUUUGAUGUGUCACCGUUCUUGCUAUUAGAAGCAUCUGCAGAUUCCGAAGCCGGCCACGACAGCGUUGACGAUGACAAAUGCGUUAAGGAUUACGAUAUUGAUGAUGAGUCUUGUAGUGCGAGUUCGUGCGAGACGUCUUGCGUGACGCGGACGAGUCAGAGACCGAUCAGUGACCUGGACGAUACGGUGAAUGAAGAAAGAGACGCCGGAGAGGAAGAAGACGACGAAGGAGAGGUGAAUAGCUACAUAAGAUGUGGAAGAAGCCAACGUGAAAAUCUGGCCGUAGAUUCUGGUGCGGUGGUGAGUGAGAUGGAUCAAAAUCGAAUGUUCUGGGAAGCUUGUCUCGCAUCUUGAUCUCUGUGUUUCUUGUCUCAUCAAAAGAGAAAACAAAUAUCUAGCUUAGCG